AUUUUUAUUCAUUUCAUACCCUGCUAUCUUAAUGAGUGUCUGUAGAUCAUAUAUGUUUUGUUGCUGCUUUCAUUUUUUAAUUAAUGUUCAAGUCCGCGAAAAAAUAUCUGAUUGUGAGCGCGAAAAAGCGCGUGCGCUCAGGAGUAAGUAUUGCGGUACGACUGGUUGUCUAUUAUUCGGCGCUAUUGUAAGGAUAAUGUAGCAAAAAAUAUUGUAUUCAAUUCUAAAUGACCUAUAGACAUUUAUCAAUAAUUGAAAUUCACUUGAACGGGCUAUUAAUUUACUGUGGUUAACAGUUGCUGAGGUAGGUGAGGAAUUUUAGAAGUGUAAAAAUUGUGGUGGAUUCAAAGUCCCGCUGUUAGAAUCAGACAUGCUGUCGCACUUUGGGUCAAGAACAUGCUAAAAUUAAGUUUACUUCAUUAAGAGCAUCGGACUCAAUGAAUGAUCACCGAAAAUUCAUUAGAAUUAUUUUUUGUAUGAAUAUUCUACUUACGUAACAAUACUACGUGUAUUCAACUAUCAAAAUUCGGCUGCGUAUGAGAUUUUUAUUUUUGUUUUGAAUUAAGUAGUUGUUUACAUCAUGGCCACCCACAGUGCGCAGUCACCUGACAUACUUCUGACGUAUGACACAUACAAACUUAGACCCAACCUAUCCUUGGUAUGUUUACUGUUUUCUUUCUCAAUUGUGCACGUGCAAAUCGUUGUUUCUUUCAUUGUCAGUGGAAAUGAUUAAAACUCAAUACGCAAAAAGGCUAAUAAACUCAUUCAAGUCCUAAUAUCACAAUUGAUAUUACGUUUCAGUAGUAGAAUUUCAUGACAAAGUACGCUAUAUUGUUGACAGACUGCAGAGUAUGUUUCGAAGAAAAGGGAGAGGGGAAAGACAAUUUGACAACGUGGAUUACACACAACUCACCGAAACCGAUAAUGGUUUCGUAGAUGCACAAUUUUUAAGUCCACCUGUAAAAAUUCCAUGGAAGGCAAUUACUUUGGCAGCACUACUGUUCAUCGGAGGAACUGUUAUGCUUAUUGUAGGCAGCCUAAUAAUAAGUGGACACAUUGAUUCUAAGUACGCAGAUCGCAUGUGGCCAGUGAUAAUUCUGGGUAUUCUGAUGUUUAUCCCUGGGGCCUACCACGUUAGAGUAGCGAUUCUUGCCCACCGGAAAGUACCAGGCUACUCUUUUGACGACAUACCAGAGUUUGAUUAGCAAAUUUUUGUACAUAGCGUAAUAUACCAAAAUGUGCUUUUUACUAUUCUACAUGGAUAGUGCGAAACAAAUAAUAUACACAUUGGAAUCAUAUAUUAAUAGAA